AUGUCUUCGGCUGCUUCGUUGUCCCCCUCGUCGUCGUCGGAAGCGGAGGCUCCGUCCGGCGCUGGGGCGGCGGCGGCGGCGGCGGCGCUGCUGUGGGAGCGGGCCUGGCCCCUUGAGGAAGUUCGCGCGGGAAGCCAAGGCUGGUCUUUGGCCGCCGACGCAGGGCUUUUGCGUUUUCUACAAGAGUUCUCCCAGCAAACAAUCUCCAGGACACAUGAAAUCAAGAAGCAACUGGACAGACUGGUCCAUGAAACAAAAAGCACAGAUUGCCGCCUGCACAAUGUCUUCAAUGGCUUCCUCAUGCUUUCCAAUACACAGUUUAUUGAAAAUAGAGUAUAUGAUGAUGAAGUCGAGGAACCCAUACCCAGAACUGACGUGGGAGAUAAACCAGAACAGGAGAAAACACGUGAAGAGAAAGAAGCUGAUUUGAUUCCCCAAAUCCAGGAAGCUGUGAAUUAUGGACUGCAGGUGCUGGACAGUGCCUUUGAACAGCUGGACAUUAAAGCGGGGAACUCAGAUUCUGAAGAAGAAAGUAAUGAAAGAGUAGAACUAAUACUGGAGCCUAAGGAUCUUUAUAUUGAUAGGCCCUUGCCAUAUUUAAUUGGCUCCCAACUUUUCAUGGAACAAGAUGAUGUUGGUCUUGGUGAUCUCUCCAGUGAAGAAGGUUCUGUAGACAGCGAUCAUGGCAGCAUGGUUAACAGUGAAGGAAAAGAAGAAGAGGAUUUGGAAGAAGAACUUGAGAAUGUAAGUGAGGAAGACCAGAAACAGAGAACAGUGUUAUUGAGUGAUGAAGAUGAUGACCUUUUUGGUGACUCUGAAAGAGGGGAAGAGGAAGACGAAGGUGACUUAGAAGAAAAUGCAAAGCUGAAAAAGAAAGGGCCCACAUCAUUUUCAGAUGAACUUGCAGCUCGUAUCAAGGGGGACGUCCUAUGUAAACGAGAAGAACAAUUGUCAGAUACGAAAAAUAAGAUGGUGGCUGACAAGGAAGAAGUUAGUGUUCCAUCCGAUGGUGAUGAGGAUAUCUUUAAUCCACCCAAGUUGACUGACGCAGAUUUCUCACCAUUUGAUUCUAAGGAAGGCCUCUUCAGUGGUGGGGCAGGACUCUUUGAUGAUGAAGAGAGUGAUCUUUUUGCUGAAUUGCCAAAAGAGGAAGAUGUGAUAGAAAGAGAAGCACGAGUCCCAAUCAAUGAUGAGCCAUCUUCAAAAGCUGUGAGGAAAGUUCCUGCUGGAGCAAUUUCUCUCUUUCCAGGUAGUAAUGAUGUGUUUAGCCCCUCCUCAUUUCUAAGGGAGAAAGAGGAUAAGCUGACGGAACCGAUCACAGAUAGCGUCCCCAAACUACAUAAAAGUCUUGGCCUCUUUGACGAUGAUGAUGAUUUUGAGUCAAAUAAGAAAAGCUCAAUUUCAGCCAAAUCUACAGCUGAUUUCUUUGAUGUUGAGGAGGAUCUAUUCAAGGAAAAGCAUGACCUUACAAAUGUUGUAAACAAUGUAGCUAAAGAAAAUAAAGAACUGAUAGCAGGAAACAAGAGACAGCCAUCUUCUGCUGAAAACAUCAAGCCUUUAAGUCGGACACCUUCAAAAGGCCAGAAGAGCCUGUUCUUUGAUGAGGAGGAUUCUGAAGAUUUGUUUUCUUCCAAUCAAUCCGUAAUAGCAAAGAACUCAUCUUUAUCUAGCAAAGUGACAACAAAAACAUCACUAUCUCUGUUUGAAGAUGAGGACGAAGAGGACCACUGGAAUAUCACGGAAGAGGUCAAACCUACCACUGAAUGCAGCCAAAAGGGAGGACCUGCAACGUCUACCUGUGCUGUGAGCCAUGCUAUUAAGAAGGGCCUCUUUGAGGAGGAAGGGGAUGAGGAUUUGUUUGCUAUCACUAAAGACAGUCAAAGAAAACCUCAAAAAGCUGCUCUCCUAUUUGAAGAUGAUGCUGUAAAUGGAGGCUUGCUCUUCGACUUUGAACCAUCCCAUCUCCUGUCUGGUGUCCAAGUAACAACAGUUUGCGAACCACAAGCAGACUUGGUGGAAGCACCUCAGAAGAAACUAGCGGAAGAGAAAGCAGGGCCUUUGGAUGAACCUGGUAUGCUACAUGGUUGCGGCCUUGGAAGAACAGAUGUAGCAGAGCAGCAAAGGAAUGAGGAACCCCUUAUGGAAAAAGAUACCAGGAGAAAAAUUAAAAGUGUAUACAGUUUGUUUGAAGAUGAAGAGAAAAAUGAAAAUGUGGAUGUUAGUAAGAGCACACAGAAAGAAAUAGGGAAGACCCCAGAGAAGAAUGUUUGUUCCAAGAGCACGGGCGUCUUUCAAGAUGAAGAACUUCUCUUCAGCAAAAAAAUGCAGAAAGACAAUGAUCCUGAUUUUGAUCUUUUUGCCAGUAACAAAAAUGGGGUUUCAACUCCCAGGAUAAAAUCAUCAUCUGAAGGAGAGCUGUUUGGCGAUGAGGAUGGGGAUGAGGAUGGCGGCCUCUUCAGAGCCUUGAAAGCAAAGCCCUUGGUAGCAGAAAAGAAAACAAUAAUAAAGAAGGGCAAUACCAGCUUUUUGAAAGUGGACAGUAAGGUUCUAGAGGGUCAUCAAAAUCUCAAACGAGAAGAAGAAGUGAGCUUGGAGGACCCUGAGAAAUCCACGGGCCCUGCUGCACGUAAACAUAAAGAACCCUCCUCUUGGAUUGGAAAAUUACAAGCAAAUUUGGAUAUUAACUCAGCGGUUUUGCUACCUAGCGAGACAUCUAGUGUGAAGCCGCCACCAAUAUAUCCAAAGAUUCCAUAUCAUGAGCCUCAUGGAAUACAGCAUACCCAAAAACCCUCUGCUGCAGGAAGCAGUGAAGAGACAGGAGUCAGCUUUGAUUAUCCCAUGCAAGCGGACACUUUACAAAAUGCCAACAAGGGCAGGAUCAAGGUGACUGGGAAACGAAGGCCCCCUACGAGAAAUGCCAGGCGGCUGGCUGCUCAGGAAUCCAACGAGAACGAAAUGAACAUUUCUGAAGAUCCAUCCCUGCCUCCCUUAAAGGAAAACUCUGCACCAGCAGCCAUAGUAUAUCCCUGCAAUAGAGAACUGUGUAAAAAAGAAAACACCGAAAAGGCAAAACCGCUUCUAUCGACCAACAGCAGUGAGACAGUUGGUAGCCCUGCCUCAAAAUCAACAACAGCCCACUCUGAUGCAGAUGAUCUCUUUGCGUCGAAUGGCCUUUUGGGCUUAAAGUCAAAAGCAGUGGAAACAAAGAGCCUUGUGAGCCAAGCCCCUAAAGAUGGGGCGCUGGAUGGUUCAAAGAGUGGAGACCACUUCCAACCUGGAAAAACUUCAAAAAAAACCAGCCCUGCCUCUUUUCUGGAGGACGAAGAGGAUCUCUUCGCCACUAGUAAAACAGCUGUGAAGAGGAAAGAUCCAAAACCCACUACUCAGCUAGGUCAGGACCCUCCGAUGCAAGAUAUUUUUGAGGAUGAUAUAUUUGCAAUAGAAGCCACUAAGCAGCCUAUCAAAGCAAAAGCGAUAGAAGCAAACCUGUUUGAUAUUGACAUAUUUGCGGAUCUCGCUGAAAAACCAAAAGAAAGGAGUGCCAAAAAGAAGAUGGAGGCUAAAUCCAUAUUUGAUGAGGACACAGAUGAUAUCUUCUCAUCUAGUAGUCAGUCUAAGACAUUGACCAAAAAGGCCCAGUCCUUUCAGACAACAUCAGGAACUAAAUCAGUAUUCAAAGCAUCAAGUACUUUUGAAGACCCACUGAAUGCAUUUGAAGGCCAAUGAAGAUGUCGUUACUGACCCAUCUAUAACACUUGUGUUGCCAAGUUCUAAUUCCUUUGCUUUCCAAUCAAAACAGCUGAUAUGACAAGGCUGUGAAUAUUCCUUGACCAUCUCCACACUCACAUGUCUAAACAUCCUUCCCUGCAUGGCAUCUAAAGAAACAAAAUGUUGUAAAACCAAUCUAAGCACUCUUUAGCAGUCCUGUUCCAAUUAGCUUGUCCAUUCCCUUGCUAAUAUAAUCUAUUGUACAGAGUAAAGAUUUUAUUAUCCGAACUACAAAAAUAAAUAAAUGAUAUUGAUAAAUGGCA